AAAAUGGAAGAAUCAUUGAGUUCUAUAAAAAUCAAUGAGUUAUUAUAGAAUUCAGUGGGAAGAAUCAGUGAGGAAAAUACUUUACGGUGAUAAAAUAUAAAAUAAUAAGAUUUCUAAAUUCUGUUUUUCAUUCGCUGACUAACGCCACAAAUGAAUGAUUGCGACUGGACUGAGUUACCUUGUGGAAUCUCUUACUCGCCAGAUAAUAGUGAAAAGUCAUUUUCUGCUUAUUCUCCUGAUUCGAGAAACCACAAUCAUGUGGGAUUAGAAAUAGAACCAACAAAAGAACCAUGUCGGAAAACGGAGCUUGAGAACGCUGACAACGAGGCAUUGGGUGGUCAGGUUGAAGAUGAAAAAAAUAUCUCAAAUAAAUCCGUUGUAAAAUCAGAUCGGGAAAAGGAGUCAUGUCCAAUUUGCUUGAGUUCAUUUGAAGACAGAUCAUUUCUUGAUCAAUGUUUUCAUUCAUUUUGCUUUUGUUGUAUAUUGCAAUGGUGUGAUGUUGUUCAAACAUGUCCACUUUGUAAAGCAGGAUUUGCGUCUAUUAUACACAAAGUGAAAUCAAUGCAAGAUUAUGAACAGUUCAUAAUUGCAAAAGAAGAGAAGAAAAAAGAGAAUAUUCGUGGAAGUCAUUCACACAUUCCAUCUUUUGAUGAACGUGGAUUCAACGAACGUGGUGAAAGGUUUCGUUAUCGAACUACCAGAUCUGCAUCGAGUGCAACAAGUCCUCAGCCUCAAUCUGUUGGUUUUCAUAUACAGAAUAGAGUCAUUAAUAGCGGCGUUCGAAGACGGCCGAGUGUGGCCUGGGGAGGAGAGCAAUCAGUUAGACGGCACACUACACGUUCAAGGAAUAAAGUUAAAGGAAUAGAAAGAAGGCAAGUUUACGCUUUCAACUUACGAACGACAUCGACUUCUUGUGGUCAUAAACAACGUUUCAGAAAUAUCACCUCUCAGUUUUCAAAACGUAUCAAGGCUGUACGCAUCGUCUUAUACCUUGGCUUUCAAGAGAUCUCAAAGUUCUCCUGGGAAAUAAUGAAGGAGAGGUCAAUUUCCUUAUAGAAUUUGUUCUUUCUUUGAUAACAAGAAUCGACAUGGAUAGUGCGCGAUUCGUUGAAGAACUACAACCGUUUCUUCUUCAAACAACAGAACAUUUUGUUCACGAACUUGUAGCGUUUGCUAAAUCUCCUUUCGAUAUCAACACGUAUGACGAACGAGUUUUUUAUCCAUGGCCGGAGGAACGCGUUGAAAAUAUCGUAAAUGAGGAAAGAAUCGAUAAAUCCGAUAGGUCUUCUUUGAUGAGGGAAGUCACUCCUCUUUCCAGUUGCCCGUGGAAUGAAACUCCAAGACUACACGAGCAUGAUGUCAUAGAAAGUGCUGAAGUUUACCAAGGAAAUUCUUGUACAGUUACAAUAAAUGAUAACAUCGAAAUUAGCGACUCGCCUGAGUAUUAUGAUGAAAUGAAAAGAGAAACGCGAGUUUCAAAGAAAGAUGAAAUGGAAAUUUGUGAGAGUGUUUCUACAGCAAGUGUUUUAGUUACAACAGACAAAUCUGAUACCACAAAAAUUGAUGUUCACUUUGGAGAUUGUAUCGGAAGUAAAAUCAUGUUCAUAUACAUAAACAUGUGCAUAAACACAAGCAUAAUCAUCACCAUAAACAUAAACACAAGAAAAAUACCAAAGUAAAAACAUAAGGAACGUGUUUAUUCAGUAGAACUUGUACAAAAUCAAAAGAAUGUUCUGCGGCCACUCAUGAAAAUUUUCUAUCAAUGAAGGCCAGGUCGAUACACGAAGCCUUGUGAGUGACCAUGUUUCUUCGCCAAGCGUGGAACAAAUGAAAACUGAACUUGAAGAACUUGAAAUGCUAAUAAAGAACAAGAAGAACAACUUUUGAGUUUAGGCAAUGAAAAAAGGAUGAUGAAUGUAUUCUACUGUCUGCUUUAGCUAUAUUUUAACACAACAAAAUCACGUCGUACUUGUAUGAACUAAACAAGUUUAAUAAUUUGUGUUGCGUAAAGAUAAAAUCAGUGUUCAGAG